AUGGCUGAAGUUCAUGUUAUUUCUAAAUGCACAAUCAAACCCACAGCAGACGGCUGUCAAGAUGAACCAAAGAUUCACUUGAUGCCAUCGGACCUCGAGCUCUUGCUACUUGAAUACAGCCAGAAGGGCCUCCUCUUUAAUAAGCCCACAGCAGAACAUGAAUCUGUUACCUUCAUUGAUCACUUGAAAACAUCACUUUCUCGAACACUCAACUUCUUUCCUCCACUAGCCGGCCGCCUAGCAACCACAAGAGUCCAUGGUGGAGCCACUUGUUUUUCCAUCGAUUGCAACAGUAUUGGAGCCCUUUUCAUCCAUGCCGUCGUGAAUGAUCUAACUGUUACCGAUAUACUAAAGCCAACUUAUGUUCCUCAUAUUGUUCAUUCCUUUUUCCCACUUAAUGGAGUUCGAAAUUAUGACGGAGUUUCCCAGCCUUUGCUCGCAGUACAAGUUACAGAUCUUGUCGAUGGCUUCUUCAUUGGUUGCAGCAUUAAUCACUUGUUGGUGGAUGGGACGUCAUUCUGGCAUUUCUUCAACUCUUGGGCCGAGCUCUCUCGCGGAUUCAACCGUGUAUCAAAACCUCCCGUUCUCAAACGAGAGCUUCAUUUCGAUACCGAGUGUCUGAGGAGUAUCGCCAUAGACGAUGAACACCUCAUUCUUAAUGAACUUCUUGAUAUUCCCCCCUUGGAAGAAAGAGUUUUCCAUUUCACUAAAGAGAACAUUGCCAAACUAAAAGCAAAAGCCAAUCGUGAAAUGCAUACAAAUAAAAUUUCUUCCCUCCAAGCUUUCCUAGCUCAUCUAUGGCGAUCCAUUAUCUCCUCCUGUCGUGUUGAUGCAGAUAAAGAAACAACUUUUGAGAUUCCCAUCGGCAUUCGACAUAGAAUGAAUCCACCUCUCCCGGAAGAAUACUUCGGAAACGCAGUUUUCAAAGGGGUGGUUACUCUCCCGGCUGGGAAAAUACUUAAUGAGGGAUUAGGUUGGAUUGCCUGGCAGAUAAAUAGAAUGGUUACUUCUCGUGGACACGAACAAGUUAAAGACUUCCACGAGAGUUGGGUAAAAAAACCCGAAUUACUGAAGUUUGAUAGCCUACCAAAAAAUCAUUUUGUGCUGAUAAAUUCGCCUUGGUUUGACGUAUAUGGCAAUGAUUUUGGUUGGGGAAAACCUGUUGCAGUGAGGAGUGGAAAGGGGAAUAGGUUUGAUGGAAAGAUAACUAUUUCUGCUGGGGUGGAAGAAGGUAGUUUGGACAUCGAGGCCUGUCUAUCUCCUCAAACUUUGCAUGCUAUCGAAGAAGAUGCAGAAUUUAUUGCAUCAACUUGUUCCUAG